AUGUUGGUACUAUUUGUAACUCUUGCGCUUGUUUCCGCGGUGGUAGCGUCAGAACACCCGGUUGUAACUUUACCAAACUUGGGGCAGGUCCAAGGUGGUACCAAACAAUCGCUAAAUGGACGCACUUUCUACUCCUUUGAAGGAGUACCAUAUGCCCAGGCACCAAUCGGCGAAAAUCGCUUCAAGGAACCGGUACCACUCACACCCUGGAAGGGGGUAUGGGAGGCCAAAACCAUCUACAAGUGCAUGCAGUACAACCAGUUCACGCCACCUGGACAAGACUACGUAAUUGGCGAUGAGGAUUGUCUCUACUUGAACAUUUACACCCCAAAAUUGGACACUAAGGCCAAAUUGGACGUCAUAGUGUACAUCCAUGGGGGCGCCUUCAUGUUCAACUGGGCGGGCCUCCAAGGGCCGGAGUACCUCCUGGACAAGGAUGUAGUUUUAGUGACUUUAAACUACCGUCUAGGUCCGCUCGGCUUCCUAAGUACCGAAGACCAGGUGGUACCUGGCAACAACGGCAUGCGGGACCAAAUCUUCGCCUUGCAAUUUAUCAAAAACCACGUGAAACACUUCGGUGGGAACCCAGACUCCAUCACCAUCAUGGGCAUGUCAGCUGGUGGGGCUAGUACCCACUUCCAUUACCUGUCGCCAAAAUCGCGCGGAUUGUUCCAUCGUGGAUGGUCCAUGAGUGGUACCACGCUGGAACCAUGGGUACUCAUGGAACAACCAUUGGCCAAGACCAGGAAACUGGCCACCAUUGUUGGGUGUAGUACCGGGAAAAUUGACGAAAUGGUUACUUGUUUGAAAACAAGGCCUGCUAGACAGAUUGUGGGGGCGGUUAAAGAGUACCAACCAUGGUUGUACACACCGUUCUCACCCUUUGGCUUGGUGGUGGAUUCAUGGGCUGCUGACCCGGUACUACCAACACACCCCUACCAGAUUAUUAAGAACAAACAAGUGUAUGACGUGCCAUGGAUUGCUUCGUACACGAAUUCCGAAGGGUUGUACCCAGCGGCUGAUUUCUACCACGAUGAGUACCUUCAAGACCUUGACGAGAGGUGGAACGACUUGGUACCACAUCUCUUGGAUUAUAAUUACACAGUUGAGAGGACAAAAAUGGACGAAGUGAGCCAAAAAAUCCGAAAGUACUACCUGGGCAACAAACAAGUCACCAAAAGUACCUACAUGGACUUCAUCCCCGUGGUCUCAGACCGGAUUUUUGUAAUCGGGAUUCAGAAAACAGCACGAUGGCAGGCGGCUGUGACCAAAUCACCCAUUUAUUCCUACGUUUUUAGCUACAGAGGGGCCCACAGUUGGUCGGAGUUUUGUUCUGGGGGUAGUACCGAAAACUUCGGGGCUUCACACGGUGACGACACCGCCUAUAUUUACAAGUACGACGUUGUCAAAACGGCAACUACUGACCAGGACAAGAAAAUGAUCAAGUUUUUCGUUGACUUGCUCACAACCUAUGCACGUACCGGGAAACCCAAAGUUGGGGUGGAGUGGCCACAAGUACCCAAAAAUUUGAAAGAUGAGUUCACUUUUUUGAAAAUUGAUUCUCCGGACAAGCUUUCAGUAGGCCGUGGGAUAGCCGAAAGUACCAAGUUUUGGGAUUCGUUGCCAAUCAAGGAGAACGAGAAGUUGUUUGCGGAUGUGAAAGAUGAGUUGUAAUUUUUAAUAAUAAAGUUGUGGCGUCAAAA